AUGAGAGACAUCGAUGACUUGGUUUUCACGAAUAUUCAAUAUUCCGCAAUAUGCUUGGCAAAGGUUGAGAAAACGACCUUGACCGAUCUGAGACGGUUGUUGCUGAGUGGGCUUUCCGAUGAUCUCGAAUCACAACCUUUGAACCACAAUGUUCGGUCCACACUCAUUGGCAUUGGGAAUUUCCUGCUUUACUCACAUGGAAAAUUUGCGAGUGAACUGGUUCCACUGCUGAUAACUGCGCUUGGUAUUGUACCACAGAUGAAAUGGAUUGACGAUGGUCUUGUGAAUAAGUCUGACAGAAUCCCAGUACAAGAGCAGUUUGCUUUCUGUUUUAAUACAGUGCUUUCUGACCUUGCUGCACAUUUACCUGACUAUCGAGAUGCCAUCGUCAGCGCUCAGAUAGAUGCACUUGCGUGUGCGGUUGCCUCCAUUGUUGAAAUACUGGAGGAUCAGGAAAACGUAGGGUUGGUUUCAGCCCAUCUGCUUAAAUUGACCUGCUACGUGCUGGGCCUACUCCGCUCACUUGGAAGGUAUUCGUCUAGCAGCAGCAGACCGCUUAUUUCACUUGUAUUUCCCGUAGGUUUCGACUUACCUCCUCAAGGAAUGGCAAAAAUUGCUAAGAACGAGUACUGUAUUUGGUUUACCGUCUGUUCUUUAAGCGAUAUCGUCUUACACGGAGCCAAGCUCUAUAACACGUACGGAGCGAGUUAUGUCUGUUCCUACAAUAAAGCAGACGGAAAAAGACUGUUCACAAUGACCACCAAAGAGUUAGAAUCUAUUUUCGACGCGGGCUCUUUUAUCAAACGAUUUCCGUAUAAAACUGUGAGUGAGACGCUGACUUUUACAUGUCUUUCGUUGCUACGAGAGGUAUUACGACCAUUUUCUGUGGUCAAUAAGAACUGCCCAGUCAAGGAAUACUUUGCUAAAGAGAAACUUGACAAUAUUUUCCUUAUCUUCUUUUCAUGUUCUCGUCAGAGCAUGUCCAUUUUAGCUGCAACCUGUGCUUUAGAAUUGGUAGUUUGGGCAGCAAUCGAUGAUAUAGACUCUGAUGCGGUUUGUUCUACGAUGUCUGCCCGUCUGUUCACCGUUAACGCAGGACGUGUUCAUCUUUCACAGCUGCCUCUAGCACUAACAGCGCUAUCUUCUCUUGGAGGAUUGGCAGAGAAAUUUCCGUCAGUUGCAACUGCAACCGUCGUUCCGAUUCUCUCACGCUUUCUUCUCGAACCAUCGCCAGUUCUGACCAAACUUUCGUCGGCUGAGAAACGCAACGAAGAACGUCGUCAAGAAGAAAGUGCAACCAAAAAAAGAUCAGCCCUUGAUGCCUUACGUAAUGCGGCUAUCGAUUCACUGUGCAGGGCUUUGAAAUCGUCAUUGAGUGUGGAUCCAGAUAGUGUUCAAGCCUGUCUUGCAAGCUUGUCAUCGAAACUUUUUGUUUGUUCCAGCAUCAAUAACUCGGUAGUGGCAUUGGUUUGCGAAAAUGCUAUAAUGACACUUGGUGGAAUAGGAGUUGCAUUGGCUGGAUCGAAAAAUGUUCCGGAUAUGGUUCUUCAAAUUUUCCUUCAAAGAUUUGCAAAUCCGAUAUCAUUGCUCGACAAUGUAAUAGUUCAAUGUCUUGCAAAUAUGUGGAUUGCUGGAGCGCGAUCGAUUCACGAUGGUGUUAUGAAUCUGUUCACACAGAUUUCGAUUGAAUCGGGUAACCGUGUUUAUUCGCAAGAACCAUCAGCGACAACCGAUCACAGAUACGCUCAUGUUUCACUCGCUGUCGAUAAAGCGCUGGGUAGGAUGACAGACGGUGUGAGUGAAGGUGAUGAUCAACAAGCGCUAUUGGUCCGACUUCUUGAACUUUUCGUGCAACUUGGAAUUGAGGGAAGGCGUGUUGGUGAGAAGGUCUCCAAGAGUACUGUGAAGAUGUCAACUAGUGCUGGAAACCUCGGUGUUCUUAUGCCAAAGAUAGCAACUCUUUUGAAAAAAAUGAAUCCGAUUUCCCAACCGUCAACGCGACUUCGAAAUUUGUUCAGAGAUUUUUGGUUUUAUUGCACCGUUUUGGGUUUCGACGUGGAGUACUCGGGGUUAUGGCCUGAAGACUGGUACAAUGCGGUGUGUGUGAUCGCCACAAAAUCACCCGUACUGAUCGCGCACGAAAAUCUUCGUUCAGAGCUUAUCGACAAUGCAGCGAUCAAGAGCGAUGCGAUAUCACCUAACGAGCUGCAAGAAUUUCGUAACACAGUGUGUGGAGUGCUAAAUCAUCAAACAGAUGUUGUUCCGAUCAUAAAUAGGAUGGACUUUGCUCAGUGCAUCUACUUGUUGUCAGUCCUACGUAUGGAGAAAAUGAGAGUGGUUCAUGCGGAACACAAGGAAGCUCUGCAUGAAUUUUUCAAGUAUCUGGACAAUAAGACGAUUCGCAAGGAUAAGGGCGGUAUGUGGAUUUGUUUGUUAGCAGGAGCGUCCGUUGUUUUCGAGGCUUAUCUUGAAGCUCACAAGAAGGUUCGGUUGACAGAUGAUUCUUCAAAUCCAGUUUUGGAGUACCAUGCCCAGUUCUUGUUGGUGCAAUUCAAUCAUAAUCUCAAGGAGGUUCGUAGAUGUGCUGAUGCUUGCUUAUCCCAAUUAGUGGAUAAAUUCCCAUAUCUGUUGUGGAACGGACGGGUUUUGACGACAGCUUUACGACUACUACAGGCUUUACAAAUGAACCUUGUACAAGACCCAAAUUGUUGUAACUCCACCUUUGCCAUGGAAGGUCUUAUGUGGACUAUUCAACUACAGGAUUCCAUUGAUGGUCGCACAACAGUAGUGAAAGACUUCUCACAACGCUGCGAACAGAUUUUACAGGAAGCAAUGAAGUGGGCGCCUGCCAUAACGCGUAGCCAUUUACUGGAGUAUGUGUCGUCGUUUGGUGCUCCAUUUGAUACCACGCUGCAACUAGCAAUGGAUGCGAUGAUCAGCGCAGGUUCAGAAAACACCAGCAUGUACUUGUCUUCUCUUCACAUGAGGAGUAUGUACCUUGGACAGGUGAAAGGCAUGUUAGCCUCUCGUACAGUUAGCGGUGCCGAAGUGACAGAAUGUGCACUUGUGAGGCGACUGGAUGCUGACUUCGAAGCUGCAAUUGCGCGUGAUUCGCAGGAAGACCUUCAAAAUGCUGUCAUGCUGCUAAGUGCUCUGUUCGUUUGGUCACUUUCAGAAGUGAACGAGCAUAUUCUUUCCGUUUUGGUUCGAUGUCCUUUGCGUAGUUUCAAGGAAUCCACAAUGCGUCUAUGUGUCCUUAGCUGGAAUUGGCUACUAGCAGCACGAACCGAUAUUCAGAACAUUUUUCUGCGGGAAAUGUGCUUUGCAUGGGCGGAAUCAUGUCGUCAAAGGCUGGGGAUCUAUGAACGAAUAUCACCAAGAUCACCCCUUUGUGGACAACUUCCAGAACCACCAAAACCACCCCAUUACAAGCCUCAUGCAAUAUGGCUUAGUUUCAUCGCUGAACGGGUUGACGUUGCAAAAUAUACCAGUCGAGAACAGCUGGAUAUACUGGAGAAAAUGUUCGCGCAGGCAGUGAGUUUAGUUAUUGGAAGUGGGCCACAUCACUACCAUUGUUCUAUCCCCUUCCAACUUGCAUUAGGAUUUUCAAAAAUCCAUGAUCCCAUUGAAUCUGUCGGAGUUAGGUUCAGACUUCUGUCGUGUGCGCUCAACAUUCUUCAAGGAGAAGCUACCACAGCGAGGCCAUCCAAUAAUGUUAUUCGCCAACGAGUCUAUGCCUCCGCUCUCGAUUAUUUCACAUUGCCACCCCAAGGACCAACACAAGCGCACGCACAGUUAAGAUAUGAUGUAAGGCUGUUAAUUUCGUUUUGGCAAACACUCUACGCUGAUGGAAAAUUCAUAAAGAAGGAAGUUUUCUUACAAAAAGGUAAACGUCUGAUGUGGACAAUGUUUAGCUUAUUUCGUACUUGCCCAACUCUUCUUGAUACUCUACAAGAAAUGGUGCGGCUUCAGCCCGAAGCUGUUUCUCAUCUUCCCGAAUCUCUUCCAUUCUUCUUAGGGGACACAUCUGUUUUUGAACAUACAGAUAUUGCACAUGUGUUAACAUGGGCUGCCUGUUCACCUGUAAUGGCGCUGUCAUUGCUCACGCCUAGGCAAUACCCUCUUCAUCCAGUCACCGUUCAAUACGCCGUACGGGUUCUACGAUCAUAUCCAGCUGAUACGUUGCUCAUGUAUAUCCCACAACUUGUUCAAGCAGUUAGACAUGAUACGAUGGGGUAUGUUGCUGAACUAAUAAUUUGGCUUGCUCGUCACUCGCAACUUUUGGCUCAUCAGCUGAUUUGGAAUAUGGAGACAAAUAUGUAUAUGGAUGAGGACAGUAAGAACAAAGAUCCUGCCUUAUUUGAUGCGUUAAAUGAAAUUGUUAAGAAGACGAUCAAUCAAUUGGAAGGUGCAGCUCGUCGUUUUCACGAAGCUGAGUUCUCGCUCUUCCACCGACUGACAGCCAUAUCUGGUACAAUCAAGCCUUAUCCAAAAGGCGAAGCGCGAAGAAAAGCAUGUCUCAAGGCUCUGGCUGAGGUAAAGUUGGAAACUAUCACGUAUUUACCGUCUAAUCCGGAAGCAUUCUUGUUAGAAAUCGACUACUCAAGUGGAACUCCUAUGCAGAGUGCAGCGAAGGCUCCGUUUUUGGCGCGAUUCAAAGUGCGCCGUUGUGGUGUACAAGAAUUGGAGCGGACCGGUUUAGAAGUGAGGAAAUGUUGGGCUGAUUUGGCUGAACUACGAAAAAUUAAUGAUAGCCUAACAUGUUGGCAAGCUGCUAUAUUCAAGGUUGGGGACGACGUUAGGCAAGACAUGUUGGCUCUUCAGCUUAUGCAGUUAAUGCGGAAUAUUUGGGCUGAUCUUGGUCUUCCAGUUUGCGUAUUUCCGUAUAGAGUUGUAGCGACAUCUCCGGGCUGCGGUGUAAUUGAAUGUGUGCCAAAUUCUAAAAGUCGAGACCAGCUCGGUAGACAGACUGAUUUUGGAUUGUACGAAUAUUUCAAAACAACUUAUGGAGACGAGAGCAGUGAAACCUUCCAGGAGGCCCGAAGGAAUUUCGUUCGCAGCAUGGCCGGCUAUUCAGUAUUUAGCUUCCUCUUGCAAAUUAAGGACAGACAUAAUGGCAAUAUCAUGAUUGAUCUGGAUGGACACAUUAUUCAUAUUGAUUUUGGCUUUAUGUUUGAGAGCAGCCCUGGCGGAAACCUUGGAUUUGAACCGGAUUUCAAGCUCAGUGAAGAGAUGGUCGCUAUUAUGGGCGGCAAGAUGGAAGCGGCUCCAUUUCGACAGUUCGCUACUCUUUGUGUGCAAGCCUACUUAGCUGUUCGACCGUAUCAAAAAGCUUUCGUUUCUCUAGUAUCUUUGAUGUUGGACACUGGUCUACCUUGCUUCCGCGGCAAAACAAUUCAACAACUUCGAGCUCGUUUUGCGCCGGAAAUGAACGAGCGAGAUGCAGCGAGAUACAUGUAUUCUGUCAUCACGAAUUGUUUCCUUAACAUAAGGAGCAAAAUGUAUGAUCAGCUGCAGUAUAUCCAGAAUGAGAUACCGUAUUGA